UGAGCCUGUAGCGUUAGUCUCAUGCCAGCAGAGCUGCUCUAGAGCGGAGCCUCGGUGGACGGAGCGGCACCUUGUACAUAGAGCGCGCUCCGUCAAAGUGAAUAUAGCACUGUACACUGGAACUAUUGUGAAGACAGAAUAAAAACUAAAACAAGUUUUUCCCUCAAGAGUUGCAUAAGGAAUGACUUGUAAAUGCAGAAUUAAAAAAUCAUUUGUACUGUGGAAAGAGGUGGAUUUUAUUCGUGUGUUCAAGAUAAAUUAAAGUUAUCGCUGCGCUCCGGUUCACACAAAACCGGCACCAUGGUUAUAAUGACGGACAGCAGCGCGAGCUCUCAGUCAAGUUGUGCCCAGGCCAGACCUCUGCAGGUCGGCUUCUAUGAGAUCAUCAGAACCCUCGGCAAGGGAAACUUCGCAGUGGUCAAACUGGCCAGACACAAAGUAACAAAAACACAGGUUGCAAUUAAAAUAAUUGACAAAACAAGACUAAACUCUUCCAACUUGGAGAAAAUCUACAGAGAGGUUCAGAUUAUGAAGCUGCUCAACCACCCUCACAUCAUAAAGCUCUAUCAGGUCAUGGAGACCAAAGACAUGCUUUACAUUGUGACAGAGUAUGCAAAAAAUGGAGAAAUGUUUGACUAUCUGACGUCCAACGGACGGAUGAGUGAAAAUGAGGCUCGUAAGAAGUUUUGGCAGAUUCUGACGGCAGUGGACUAUUGCCAUCGGCACCACAUAGUCCACAGAGACCUCAAAACUGAAAACCUGCUGUUAGAUGCCAACAUGAACAUCAAGCUGGCAGACUUUGGAUUUGGAAACUUCUAUAAUGCUGGGGAUCCUCUCUCCACGUGGUGUGGAAGCCCACCAUACGCUGCCCCAGAGGUCUUUGAGGGAAAGGAAUAUGAGGGGCCACAGUUAGACAUUUGGAGUCUAGGCGUGGUUCUGUAUGUGUUAGUGUGCGGGUCCCUGCCCUUUGAUGGGGACAGUCUUCCAGCUUUGAGACAGAGAGUGACAGAGGGCCGCUUCAGAAUACCAUUCUUCAUGUCACAAGACUGUGAAAAUCUGAUUCGUAAGAUGCUGGUGGUCGACCCAGCCAAGCGGAUCAGCGUGGCUCAGAUUAAGCAGCACCGCUGGAUGCUUGCGGAUCCCAGUGCACCCCACCAGACCCUUUCUCUCUCCCUUACUGACUACAACUCCAACCUGGGAGACUACAGUGAACCUGUCUUGAGUAUCAUGCAGACCCUCGGCAUUGACAGACAGAGGACUGUUGAGUCUCUCCAGAACAGUAGCUACAACCACUUCUCAGCAAUCUAUUACCUGCUGCUAGAAAGAGUGAAGGAGCACCGCAGCCAACAGCUGAGCCGCCAAUGCGGGGCCUGGAAUCAGAGGUCCAGGACAGCGUCCGAUUCCUCCACCCCAGAGGUGAUCAUGGAAUCAUCUGACAGCUUCAGAACCUCAGCACUUCCCGUAGCCACCAAGGUGAACACUCUUGUCCAGUCGGAGCUGGAAUGUGAACAAGGAGGCCUGUUUCAGCGCGUGGUGUGCCCGGUGGAGGCCAGCCUGAACGGGCUCCUGUGGAACCGAUCCAUCUCGCCCAACAGCUUGCUAGAGACCACCAUAAACGAGGAGGUGCGACCUCAUGACCUGGAGGAGGAAGAGGGGAUGCUGCAGGUCCAGCCGCCCCAUUUGCCCAGCACCACCUCCCGAAGGCACACACUUGCAGAGGUCACUGCUCGAUUCCACCAGUGCAAUCCACCCUGUAUUGUGGUCAGUCCUUCAGACAGUGCUUCCUCUGACAGCUGUCUGAAGUCUUCCUCGAACCCCAACCCUGCUUUCUCCACUGCUAUAGGGGAUCUUUCAUCACUGCUUGCCUCCAAUACAGGGCCUGAGGGAUUAGCCCCUGCCAGGUCACCCCUUGCUCUUUCCUCCAACCUCCUGCAAAAUCAAGGGAGCUUGCUUGCAGCAAGCUUCCAAGAGGGGCGUAGGGCUUCAGACACCUCCCUUACGCAGGGAUUGAAGGCGUUCAGACAGCAGCUGAGGAAGAACACUCGUGCGAAAGGCCUCCUGGGGUUGAACAAGAUCAAAGGUCUGGCACGACAGGUGUGCCCUCCGACCUCAUGCUCCAGAGGCAGCCGGGGGUCGCUUGGCCCACCUCUGUGUUCUCCCUCAAGCCUUCAGAGCUCUAGCAGCCCCCGUGAGCGCCGCAGUAUGCUGGAGGAAGUUCUGCACCAGCAAAGGAUGCUGCAGAUCCAGCACCAGCCUCAGCCCCAAGUCCAGUCUCAGCAGCCUGUGCUCUUCCUCUCGCAAUCCCACCCCUCAUCUCCCCCCAACAAUCUCUUCGCCCCUGCCACCCUCUUUUCCAACCCCCCGACUCAACCCAUCCUCCCACCGUGCCAGCAGACAUCCAUCGCCUUCCAGCACAACCUGUGGCAGCAGCAGCAGACUCUUGACUCAUCUUCCUCGUCCCUGUCCCCCGUGGCAUCUGCUGCCCAUCUUCUGGAGGCUCGUCUGCACAUCAGUCAGCAGCCACAUCUCCACCCUCAGUCCCCACAGCACCUGCAAAUGCACCCCACCAUCCUGCCCCAGGGGCCUUUCUCCCUCCUGCCCCAGCAGGGCAGUUGGAGCCUAAGCACCAGCAUCCAGCCUGAACCUGAUGUCCAGGAGCUGGUCUGUGCUGGUCAAAAGCAGCAACUCAGCAGCUGUGUCAUGGUCAAGUAAAGAAGGCAAAGACUUUGAAGAAGGUUUUAGUGUGAUGCUGACGGCGUCCACCACUCAUAGUCCAGAGGAGGCCAAAUGACAAUGGUGUUGAGCGUCAGAACUAGAGAGCAUCUCAUUUUGAUGAUGUUCUCAGUCGUUUCCUAAUGUAUAGGAGAGACAUUUUUACUCUCUCUGGACACACAAUUCCAUGAUUAUGACUAUAUGUGUUGGAAUAACCAGAGAAAAAAAGAAAAAGCAAUAACCAACCUCUUCAUUGAGCUCAUGACCCUUGCCAAGUGCUCCUGUCCAAACAGCAAUAAAGGACGGGUCACUGAACUUGAACUGAAGGAACUGAAGAGUGUGAGUUUUCACUCAUUUGUGAGUAGUUCCACUCAUACAUUAAGCUGGCCUCCACAAUCGCGAAUGAUUAUGUCAGAGAUGCUUGUCUAUACAAGUAUGAAAAUAGUACAGUGAUGUCUUCCUUACAGAUUUUUCCAAUUCCUUUCAAAUCUUGAGUUUUUUUUAUUUUGCUUGUUUGUUUUACAUCUCUAGAGAAGACCAAAGUUGAUUGCUUUUUUUGCCACUUUGAUUUUUUUCCUCCAUGUUCUUGAAACAAAAUGCAGACUUAUCCAAAACUUCCAAAACUAAGAAAAAACAAACAUACUGUCAUUUCAUCUAUGAUGUGAAAAUGUGUGCAAACUAACCACACGAGGCCAUUGUGUGUGCAAUGAAGAGGCGCCUUAGCAUGAUGGGAAAGUCAAGACAAAAGAGAUUAAGCUAUAUAUAAGAGGUACUGCAUAGUGUUUACUAGACCAGCUCUUUGGGUUUUCACUGUCUGUGACAAGUACUUUAAUGCUGCUUCAUGUAUAGUCACAUAUAUACAAAGACACUAGAUAAUUAUGAUCAUACAAAUGUUGACCUACCAAUGGAUUAUUGAAACUAGGAGACAUUGUCCAGUUUAGCUGUUCAGUUUUGGUCCCUCAAGACUCCUCUUCCAUCAGUCCACUACCUCCUCUAUAACUGAUCAUUCUCCUCAAGGCUGUAUCUCAACACACACUGUAUGUGAAGUUAUGUCCAUCACAAUGUCUUGAACCCUUGACCCUCAUUAAUGGUGUAAAGUUUCAAUCUUUUUUUGUAACAGUGAACAAAGAAUAUGAGUAUAGUGCAAUAUUUCACAUUGAAAUGUAGAACCAGGACAGGAAGCUGUUGUAGGAAAGCAAAAGGUACUUCAUGCCUGAUAAUGCUAUUUUAUUCUUUCUUUUAUAGAGCAUGUUUUUUUUUUCUGUUUGUAAUUAUUGUAUGUACGAGAUCAUUUUAAUGAUGUAUUCUGCAUGAGCAUAGAAAAUAAGAGCCUGGCAAUUUUUAUACAGCUUGUUCUCUUCAUGACACAGAUUGCCUUUGCGUCCAGGCUGGCUUUGUAGAGCGGUAGAAGUAGAAAAGUUACAGGAAAAACCAAAGAGAGAGCGCAGGGAAGAUCAAUAGAAACAUCUUUUUUCUAUAGAUGUCAAGGCGGUGAAAAGCUCUCAUUUUAUUUAAGUGUAGCACGUUUAAAUCUUGCAAACUGCACAGAUGUAAAAAGUAGCUGCCUCCUCCUGUUAACAAAUAUUUAAUAAGCAAUCGUUUUAGGCUCUCCUUUUCUCAGAAAGGCCAUGCAGUUGCAUACACGUAUAAUUUUUCUUUAUUUAAAUGCACACACAGAUGCAGACACACAUAGCUGAUGUCUUGUAGCAAUAGAGUAGAAUUAUUAUUAUUAUUUUUAUUAUUAUUAUUUUAAGAUUACAAUCUAGGUGCUAGAAGUAGAUUUCAGAAGUGUUGCUGGGUUUGUGUGAAAUGUAUAUGAAACAAUAGUGUGUUCCCAUUGUUGAAGCUCCAUUAGCUUGAAGCACUGUUUUAUAGCUCUAAAUGACCCUGUAAGCAUGUUUGUCUUUUGUGAAUUCGACAUAUUUGUGCAAUGGCUUCUAGUAGUUUAGAAAAAAAAAAUUGGGUAACAAAACAGUGUUUGAAAUCAGAGCAGGAAAAGAUGAGUUGAAGGUAAAGCUACUGAAGGUAAAGCAAGAAACAGUGUUAAACACCCCUUUCCUUUUCAUCCACCACCAUACUUGUGCCUUUGUCUGAACAAAUCCAGUGAUGGUGAAUUUGAAGUUUGAUUUUAAGAUAUCAGAAAGCUGCAGAGUGUGUAUUUUAUGCUUUUUUUUUUGUUAGUUCAAACAUCCCAUUUUAUACUUUCAUUUCAUUUGUAGUUUGACAAUUAUGCACUUUAUGAUGACAGUUGUUUUUGAUAUAGUGUUUGUUUCCACCGCAGGUAUAGAUGAGUCUGUAGUAACUUUUGAAACACUAUGUUUUUAUGCCGAACUGUAAAGAUUCUGAUUGAUUCUGAA